AGGCCUUGGUGCCAGGGCCGUAAAACUUGAAACCCUUCUGUUGAGUCGUCAAGCCCAGGAGGUUCAGCAACAUCUGAUGACCAUGAAUUUGAUCCAUCAGCUGAUAUGCUGGUGCAUGACUUUGAUGAUGAACGGACAUUAGAAGAGGAGGAAAUGAUGGAAGGAGAAACAAACUUCAGUUCUGAAAUAGAGGAUCUUAACAGGGAAAGUGAUAUGCCAAUCCAGGAGCUCCUUAGCCUUUAUGGCUACGAUGGUACCAUUCCACUGCAAGAAGAUGAUGAUGAUGAAGAUGAUGAGGAGGAAGAGGAGGAGGGAGAAGAUGAUGAUGAUGUUGAUAAUGAUGACAACAGUGGCUGUAGUGGAGARAACAAAGAGGAGGCCAUAAAGGAUUCAUCUGGUCAGGAAGAUGAGACACAGUCAUCUAAUGAUGACCCAGCACCAUCUGUUGCUUCUCAAGAUCCACGGGAGAUAAUUCGCCCUCGUCGAUGUAAAUAUUUUGAUACAAAUAGCGAAAUAGAAGAGGAAUCGGAAGAAGAUGAAGACUAUAUUCCAUCAGAGGACUGGAAAAAGGAAAUCAUGGUGGGCUCUAUGUUUCAAGCUGAAAUUCCAGCUGGUGUGUGCAAAUACAAAGAGAAUGAAAAAGUGUAUGAAAACGACGACCAGCUGCUGUGGAAUCCCGACUUCUUGCCAGAAGAUAAAGUGAUCGAGUUCCUAAAUGAAGCCUCCAGGCGGACGGGUGAUGAGAAGGGCCUGGAUGCAAUUCCCGAAGGAUCGCAUAUUAAAGACAAUGAACAGGCAUUGUAUGAAUUGGUUAAGUGCAAUUUUGAUACUGAGGAAUCAUUACGAAGAUUGAGAUUUAACGUAAAAGCAGCCAGAGAAGAAUUAUCUGUUUGGACAGAAGAGGAGUGUAGGAACUUUGAGCAAGGCCUGAAAGUCUAUGGCAAGGACUUUCAUGUGAUUCAGGCAAAUAAGGUACGAACGAGAUCGGUCGGCGAGUGUGUUGCGUUUUACUACAUGUGGAAGAAGUCGGAGAGAUAUGACUUCUUUGCCCAGCAGACCCGGUUUGGAAAGAAGAAAUACAAUCUCCAUCCUGGUGUAACGGAUUAUAUGGACCGCCUGCUCGACGAGAGCGAGAGCGCGGCCUCCAGUCGAGCGCCCUCGCCGCCUCCCACGGCCUCCAACAGCAGCACCAGCCACUCGGAGAGGGAGGACAGCACCACCAGCAGCAGCAACCAGAACGGGGUGUCCACUAAUGGACCGGGUGAGAUUCCAAAUAAAGAGGAAGCAAAAACGGAAGGAUUGCAUGUCAAUGGACCUUCCAGCGGUAAGAAAACACCUCACACGGAGCAGGAUACAAAUGGGUAUGAAACAGAAAACCUUUCUGCUGACCCUAAAAUUGCUCAUUCGACUGCAAGAAACGAAAAUGAGUUYGAAGACAAAAACGAAAGACCUGUAAAAAGAAGAAGAAUUAACAGCAACGGAAAAGAGAGUCCUGGCUCUUCAGAGUUCUUCCAAGAAGCAAACUCACACGGAAAGCUUGAAGAACUUGAAACUUUGGAUGACUGAGUAAUAGGAGCUGAUUUUAUUCCUUGGAGUAAAUUCUGGGUGUCUAAAAUUUUCAGGGUUGAUGGGUUACCUUACAAAAUUCAGUUCCAUGAAACAAUCUGCUGAGAUUUUUCUAAUACCUUUUAGUUGRCUCUAAAGAUUUGAUUAUUUUCCUACUGUUUUUCAGCACCAAAAAACAAAUAUUCWGUUUCUCAGAGCUCUUAACUGGAGUUGUGAGAACAUUAAGACUCUUUAACAUUUUUGAGAAACAAAUCAACCUCAUACGUUAAAGAAAUUUCUGUUUAUAUAAUACAGUAUUUACGCAUUGUGCAGCKGAACAAAGCGUCCUCUCUGAAUCCAUGAGCUGGUUCAAGUUGCAAUUUAUUGCAGGAACUUACAAUGAAAUACAGAAUUCCAAAACGUGCAUCAGAGUAGGCAUAAAGGCUUUUAUUCAUUUCAAAUGGAAAAGCGAUAUCCCAUUGCUAAGGAACCCUUAUGAAUCCUGAAAGUUACGAGCACAACUAUUUUUAUAUAUAGAAGUUUUAAAACGUAAAUAAAUAAACCAAGUCAGGUUUGUAUAUGUAAAAUUGUUGACAUCAAUGAUGUCUUUCCAUAUUCUUAUCUGGGCUAAAGAAAUACAUUCUGUAUUUUUCCAGAUUUCUUUGUAGCCUUUGAAAGAUUUUUACAGUACUUACGUCUUGAUUGAAAUGUCCUUUCUUAAAACAAAAGCUUGUAUAAUUUUCUUACCUUGUACAGUUGGUAAACUUUUAUG